AUGCGUGAAAGGGCCUCUCGGGGCAGAAGCACAGGCAGUUAUUUGCAGGCACUGGGCCUAGCCUGCUUGUGGGCACUGCUGGCCUCGGCUUCUUCGCAGCCUCCAACUGUCACAGUCCUUGGCCAGCAGGGCACCUGCGAGGUGGUCACCGCUCAUCGAUGCUGCAACCAGAACCGCAUUGAGGAGCGCUCCCAGACGGUCAAAUGCUCCUGCUUCACUGGCCAGGUGGCCGGCACCACGCGGGCAAGGCCCUCCUGCGUGGACGCCUUCAUUGUGGUGCAGAAGUGGUGGUGUCGCAUGGAGCCGUGCCUGCUGGGGGAAGAAUGCAGAGUGCUCCCGGACCUGUCAGGAUGGAGCUGCAGCAUCGGCCACAAAGUCAAAACAACCAAGGUA